CAUUUGGGGGAUAUCUGUACUGUCCUGACAUUUGGGGGAUAUCUGUACUGUCCUUACAUUUGGGGGAUAUCUGUACUGUCCUUACAUUUGGGGGAUAUCUGUACUGUCCUGACAUUUGGGGGAUAUCUGUACUGUCCUGACAUUUGGGGGAUAUCUGUACUGUCCUGACAUUUGGGGGAUAUCUGUACCGCGCUGACAUUUGGGGGAUAUCUGUACUGUCCUGACAUUUGGGGGAUAUCUGU